AAAUUAAAUAUGAUCUUUACUAAUCCGAUAGCCUUCCCUAGCCUUGAUGCAGGAGAUUAUGACCAGAGGUACACCAACUUCAGGCAGGCUUCGCCUGCCAAAGAAGGGUGUACUAAUGGGUUCUUCCAGAAUGAGACUAAGCAAAGCAAAGUAAAGGAGAAUUUAGAGAGCAGGUAUCUAACUUGCAAUAAUGGUUCCCUCAACAAGGUGAACGCACCUGACUUAAAUGAAUGAAUCGAUUCCUUCUUUGGAAAACCAGCAGUGCAUGAAAACAUGCAUGUGUUCAAUGGACUUGAAGCAGAUGAGAAGUUGUUCUGGGAAAAAGACGAAGAAUCUUCUUUUAGAUUCAAUCAACAUCAGCCAGUUAGAAAACUUCAAAUUCCUGUUAAGAAGAGUUUAGAUAGGAACGUAAAGAUGCUUGAAACUAAUAUAGUCCCGAAGGAUAUGCUUCACUGUGAACCCAAUAGAGCCUCUGAAGAAUUUAAUGCAGAAACAAGGGUCAAUACUUUAACUUUAGAGACUAAGAAGCAUUUCCAUGAAAAGAUGAACAUCUUUGAAGAUCUCAUCCCAUCCACUUUCUCUGAACUUCCUUCUCUUAAUAAUGUUGUUUCAAUGACUAUUAAAGAAGACUCUGGAGACCUCAAGGUUAGUACAAAUUCCAAGUCAAUGACUGAGAAUAAAAUACUGUCAAACUUCCUAACAAUUGCUGACUCUUCUGAUCUAAAUGAUCUAUUGCAGUCAGUGAGAGAUUUACAGACCGAGGUUAGCUCAACGAUCUCAGAACUUUCGAAGGGUUGCUCCCUUCCGAAGUUAUCUGUGAGCGGACUCGGUUACUAAAUCUCCUAUGUCAAGUCUAUACUGCGUACAUGCACUAUAUGUGUCCUAUUU